UCGGGCGACUUUCAAACUCCUCCCACUCCACAACACACACGCACAAACUGCCACACACCGCAACUCGGCGGAGUCAGCAGCGGCACCGAGCCAUCCAGCAGGGGCGAGUUUUCGGGCACAUAAUCAAACCAAGGGAAAAAAGCCCGAAAAUGAGUCAGUUCAAGGAGCGCUUCGUGACUCUGCUCCACGAGAAGAACUUUGUCACGGAUCAGCUGGCGACGCUGGAGGAAAAAACGGGAGUGAAGAGGGAGUACAUCGCCUUGGGUCUUCUGAGCUUCCUCGGCUUGUAUCUCCUGUUCGGAUACGGAGCCUCACUGCUCUGCAACGUGAUUGGCUUCGCCUACCCGGCAUAUUUCUCUAUCAAGGCCAUCGAGAGCACAGUGAAGGAGGACGACACACAGUGGCUGACCUACUGGGUUGUUUAUGGGCUCUUCAGCAUCGUCGAGGCCUUUUCUGACAUCUUCCUGUUCUGGUUCCCCUUUUACUACGCUGGCAAGUGUCUGUUCCUGAUAUGGUGCAUGGCUCCCGUGUCGUGGAACGGCUCCGAGAUGCUGUACAAGCGCGUGAUCCGCCCAUUCUUCCUGAAACACGAGGCUGCCAUGGAUCAUAUGGUCAGCGAUCUGAGUUCCAAGGCCAAGAACCUCACUGAGACCGUCACAAAGGAGGGUGAGAUGACUGCAGUGUACAUCUGUUAACCGGGCUCUGAACCAUGAUAAGGACCAGUGAAAGACAGGGGAAGGCUUUGUGUGUUUGGGUGUGUGUGUGUGUGCGUGCGUGCAUCUAAGUGUGUUUGGGUACUUGAAAAGAGGUACUGAAUGACUUUGUGUGUGUGCGUGUGAGAUGUUUUGCUUUCGUCCUCCCUCCUUCCAUGAUGAAUGACGACGAUUAACCCCCCGCCCGUCAUGUGAAGAGCUGAAGCUUCACACUCCUGAAGACAAAUAAAAGCUUGUUUGUGCAUUCACAUGAGUUUACUGCCAAGACAAUCGGUGAAGCUGUGACUUUUCAUGGGGUUUUAUUUUCUUUUGUUGUUGCGUGACAAAAUAAUAAUACGUUGAAAGCAAAAACAAUGCACCUUUUUAUGUAUUAUUGUACCCGCAGGUUUCAGCCACACUGGCGGUGAAGUCAAUAUUAUGAAGUCUAAUUGAGCCAUUUGUGACAGAAAACUGAAGGCUGAUAAUAUAACGGUUGCAAAAGCAGGUUGUGUCCUUAAACAGCAUUUUCUAACGUUGAUAAUCAAAACUGGAACACGUCUUCUUGUUCUUGCACGUGCCAAACGACAUUUAAAGUCUGUUCGAGGUUUCGGGAAGGUUCUGGAUGACUUCUGUCUUUUGAUAUGUCUUUAAUUUAUCAUCUCACAAUAAAACUGGAACCGUAAUGAACUGAA